AUGGAAACUGGGCUCUAUGAACAAAACAAAUAUGGGGAGCAGGAAAUCCUUCACCAAAGAGCUGGUGGGGCAAAAGUGAACACCUCCAUAUUCGAAGGCCAGAAUAACCUGGCAAAAAAACAUAAUACGAGGAAGAUUUUUGUGGGCAAGUCUUCGGAUGCCAAUAGGACCACCAUGCUGAAUGCUCUGGUCGAAGUCGUAGUCGUACUGGAAACCCUUGCAGAAGAGCUUGCGAAGGUAGGAGUAGUCGGGCUUGUCGUCAAAUUGAAGUGCUUGAGCAUAGUUGAGGAGAAUGCCGAAUUCACUCAGGGAGCUGUGGUACAGCAAGCCUGUGGAAAUACCAUGCUAAAUGCCCUAGUUGAAGACAUGGUCACACUGAAAACCCUCAUGAAGGAAGAGGUCUUGAAAGAGCCUGUGUAG